UCACUUUUAAAUCAUUUGUAAAAAUGACUAAGUUGACUAUAGUUCUUUGCGGUUUAUUCAUUGGAAUUUCAGGUGAUAUUGAUAUAUUUAGGCCAAAGACUAUACGGUUUAAUGUAUUCAGAGGAAGAUGUUCAGAAUAUCCGAGCGCUCCAAUUACCUACUCUAACGUUCAGUUCAGCAAUAUUAACCGAGCUCUAUUUCUUUCAAUGAAGGUACAUAUUAAACGAAACAUUAACUCGGAAGAUCUGAAGUUACAUUUACACCUAAAAAGAUGCAACAGUAAUGAUGCCCUAGACACAUGCGAAACAUACAAUACUGUUAAAUUAAAUCAUUUUUGUAAAAUUCUUGUUGCUGAUGAUAAACCGUGGACUCCAUUUAGAAAAUUAUUUAAUCCACCACCAGGAGGAUGUCCUCUUAGGAAGGGAGAAUUUGAAGUUAAUAAUGGAACUUUCGACGGUGGAGCAUUAAGUGCAUUUCCUAUUUCUAAUUUUUAUUGGAAAGUUACCGUACUUAUGCUCACAGAUCCUGGAGAUGAAGUUGUGAUGUGUAAUAAAGUGGAAGGUCAAAUAGCUCCAAUUUAGGAAGCCAAUUUAUUUUUUUAACUUCUCUCAUGGUUAUUAUGUAGGUAUAAUUAAUAAAAGGUGUACCUAGUA